UAGAUUUUCAAAGGUGAUCACUAAAGUUCAACAGGGCAUGGUAGGUUUUUCCUCCCCAAAGCAGGUUCAAACUUUCCACCAUUCUCAUUCAGUACAUCAUAUCCAAGACGAUUUGAGAUCACAACGCUUUACUAGAAAAAGUGCAACCGCUUGUCAAAGGAAACACUGAAAUCGUGUCAGCAGCAUUGGGGGAAGGGCGUGAUGGAAUUUCCACCCUUUACUAGUGUUUAUAUGUGAAGUAGUAGCAUGUUGGAAGUCAUAAAUACUGUCCCGUGGACAUUUUGAAUAAUGCAGGAGUAGUAUAAGUAAUUGGAAGUGCUUAUAUCCUGCCUUUAGACAUUUCACUGCUCCUGAGUUAAAAUUGGUUGUCAAGUGUGGGCUCGGAGGACCGUGCAAGGUGCCCUAUUCUGUCAUGUGGUACAUAUUUAAUGCUUGAAAGAACAGGGGAAGGGAAGGGGCACGUGCAGGAGAGAGGGAGAGGGAGAGAGAGAGAGAGAGAGAGAGAGAGAGAGAGCGCGAGCUGCCAGCUCCGUGCUUUGCAGGCGCUUGCUUGAAGGAGCCUGGAGGUGGGACCCACGCAGCCUGGGCAUCCACUGCCUUCCUGGGGCUGCAAGACUUUGCAAAAACAUUGGGCGUCCUAUUUGGCGAGUGUUUUUGGCACCGAGGCAGAGGCGGCCGGGGAAGCUGGGCUGGGGCGCUGCAGCGUUCCUGGCACUUCGGUGGCCUCCCUUUGUGUGCAUAUCCGCGUUGAUUGCCUCCUUUCUUGGGCUGCUCGCUCGCUCUCUUUCCCCACACGUUCUGCACCUGCUGGGGACGGUGUCAGGCUGCCAGGCAGCCAGGGCAAGCGCAGCACAGCGCACUCGCUGAGGACUGGAGUCAUUUACAUUGCUAGCACGUGGGGGCCGUGCGCUGUUGCCUUGCUCGGACUUCUCCCGUGUUCUCCCGGGGAGGAAACAGGAGGCACUUUGCAGCCGACAAUGAAAUCUUGGCAGCUAAUUGCAGUCGUGGGAGAUGCCCUUCAGGAUAUCAAAGCAGACUGUAAUACCUGCGUGGAAAUAGAGGACAGAAAGGUUUCCAGACAACAGAUGAAUUGUGAAAGAGAGCAGCUAAGGGGUAAUCAGGAAGCAGCAGCUGCCCCUGACACAAUGGCUCAGCCUUAUGCUUCGGCUCAGUUCGCUCCCCCUCAGAACGGCAUCCCCGCGGAAUACACAGCCCCUCACCCCCACCCGGCGCCAGAGUACACCGGCCAGAGCACUGUCCCUGAGCACACGUUAAACCUGUACCCUCCCGCCCAGUCGCACUCGGAGCAGAGCGCAGCGGACACCAGCGCGCAGACCGUCUCCGGCACCGCCACACAGACAGAUGACGCAGCGCCCACGGAUGGCCAGCCCCAGACACAACCUUCCGAAAACUCAGAAAACAAGUCCCAGCCCAAGCGGCUGCAUGUCUCCAACAUCCCCUUCCGGUUCCGAGAUCCGGACCUCCGACAAAUGUUUGGUCAAUUUGGUAAAAUCUUAGAUGUUGAAAUUAUUUUUAAUGAGCGAGGCUCAAAGGGAUUUGGUUUCGUAACUUUCGAAAAUAGUGCCGAUGCGGACAGGGCGAGGGAGAAAUUACACGGCACCGUGGUAGAGGGCCGUAAAAUCGAGGUAAAUAAUGCCACAGCACGUGUAAUGACAAAUAAAAAGACUGUCAACCCUUACACAAAUGGCUGGAAAUUGAAUCCAGUUGUGGGUGCAGUCUACAGUCCCGAAUUCUAUGCAGGCACGGUGCUGUUGUGCCAGGCAAACCAGGAGGGAUCUUCCAUGUACAGUGCCCCCAGUUCACUUGUAUAUACUUCUGCAAUGCCAGGCUUUCCGUAUCCAGCCGCCACUGCGGCGGCCGCCUACCGAGGGGCACAUCUGCGAGGCCGUGGUCGCACCGUGUACAACACCUUCCGGGCCGCGGCACCCCCACCCCCGAUCCCUGCCUAUGGCGGUGUUGUUUACCAGGAUGGAUUUUAUGGUGCAGACAUUUAUGGUGGUUAUGCUGCAUACCGCUACGCCCAGCCUACCCCUGCCACUGCAGCUGCCUACAGUGACAGAAAUCAGUUCGUCUUCGUUGCAGCAGAUGAAAUUUCUUGUAACACCUCUGCAGUUACGGACGAGUUUAUGCUGCCGACCCCUACCACCACACACUUGCUCCAGCCCCCACCUACGGCGUUGGUGCCAUGAAUGCUUUUGCACCCUUGACUGAUGCCAAGACUAGGAGCCAUGCUGAUGAUGUGGGUCUCGUUCUUUCUUCAUUGCAGGCUAGUAUAUACCGAGGGGGAUACAACCGUUUUGCUCCAUACUAAAUGACAAAACCAUAAAAACCUUCCAAUGUGGGGAGAAAGGAAGCUUUCCGAGGCCUGGGUAUUGCAAUACAUGCAGUAGUGCAUCAUUUUAGCAACUCUAAAAACUAAAAAGAGGAAAAAAAAUUACAUUUUUUAUCUUAUACCUCAGAUAUUUUGUUCUGUGUAUUUUAAUAUUGUGGGUCUUUAAUUUCUGAAGGUUCCGUAGUUUGGUUGCUGGCUGUAGGAGUUUUUUUUUGUGGUUGAUCUAGAGAGAUGCUAGCUAUGAAUAAAAACUGGUUUAGGGCCAUAUCCAGAGUGCUUUAUCAUGUAAAUGAAUUAUAUAUGCUGAAUAUUAAGCUACUGGGGUUAUCAGCUGUUCGGGAAGAGUGUAAGUGACUACAGUAGUCAUUUUUUCUGCAUCUGCAUUAUUUUAUUUUAUGAAAGGGGAAGGGUGGGAGGGACUUAGGGGAUUGGGACUGGGGUUGACUAAAUGAAAAAAAAUAGUAACUGAUGAAUCUAAACGACCCACUGCACCAACGAUCAUAUAGCAACGGUUCUAAGUUACUCAUUGUCAGUUCAGGCCAAAGGUUAUGCUGUUAAGGGGGUGCUUCUAGCAGCCCUUGUGCAUCCAAGUUGAAUGAAGCUGUGCAAACCCACCCUUUAAACCAUUCCCCCCGGCAGUAUUCAGCUUCUUAACCAGCCGCUAGUUAUUUAGGCAAAAACUGCUAGUUAGGCCAUCAACAAGCAUUCUUUUUAUAUUUCUUCCAGUAUAAUAAAUUAUUGAUAUCAUUGCUGACUUUUAUAUUAUGGGAGGGAAAAAUAACAUUAAUAAAAAGGUGAUAAAAAGCACUGUUUCUAUUUUUUUCUUUUUUUCCAAAAAAAGAAAGUAAUAAAAACUUAAAUUCUUUGUACCAGUUAAAAAAAUGUAUAAAAUUUACAUCUGUGCAGUGGAGUUGUUAAGUUCUAGAAACAGUCUAUGAAGCUUUAGUUUUAGCCUAGUAGAACAACUGUUAGAGACAGACGUAUAAUUUUUAUGGAAUUACAUGAUAAUCAUAUUUGGAUUUAUAGAAGCAUUUUACAAGUAUUGCAAUCAUUGAGUAGAGAUAAUCACGGUAUUUUCAUCAGCUUGGUACUUUUUGAAACAUGACUGUAUUAUGUGAGCAACCUGCAAUUUUUCAGUACGUGAGAGCCUGCCCCACCAUUCAUUCCUCUUGGUCCCCAGGGAUUAUCUCAAAUCAGUACCUUUAGUUCUGUCUCCAAGGCCCAGGACACUUGUCAGAAGGAAGCAAAAAAGUAGGCCUACCCUCUUUCUCCCCAAAGAACAGAGUACCCCCACCUCUGAAGCAGGGCCAGAGGGACACGGCCGAAAAAUUGCAGUUUGUCUGAAUUACUUCUGUUUGAACUCCUUCCAUGUUGUCCUGUUUACAAGUUAACCUAAGUUGGGGUAUCUGUCACGGGUCUUCCUGUUUUUGUAUUUAAAUUCAACAAACAGCAGCAAGCUGUCCCCAGUAGUUCUGCUGCCCUAGUUAAAUCUUCAUGUGUAUAGUGCGGGCCCUCUGGCAAGCACUUUAGUAAGUUAUCAACUCACCGCUGUGAACCUGCCAAUCCGCUGUAACAACUCUGCUUUCAAACAAAACCAAACAAAACUUUAAAAAAAAAAGUGUUUGUGAUCCAGCAUUCUUGUCAUCCUAUGUGCAUGCAGUAAGAUCGGUUGGAUAUUAAACCAUCAAUAAAGUUUCACAAGAUUUGAAAACCAAGUUUCUGUAGCUUCGAUAUCUAAGGCAGAUGACCGUUACCUUGAAAUGAGAGAAAGGGGGGAAACUGCUUAGCAGCCCAAAGCAUAUACAAUGUCCUUUUCAGCAGACUUCUUUGGGUGGGGGAGGGAGGGGGCAAAAGGGUGUUUUAUAGCAUCACUAAGACGUUCUCAUUCCCCCACCUGGGAAACAAUCUGAUGACAAUGGAUGCCUGGUUGAUGUUUUUAAAGACAACAAUUUAUUAAAAUGCUACGGCAUCCUACCCUGGAGGGGAGAGAGAUCAAAAAGCCGGGGGCUAGGGAGAAUAAACAGAUUUCUCUCAAUUGCCUCAAAUUUCACAAUUCAGAAUUUGCAUUGUAUUUGGAAUCACAAACAUAGAAUUCUUACUGUGUUGGUUAAAGUAAAAUUAAUUUGCAGUUUUGAUUUUCAUCGAUGAGCUGUACUUUUCCCCCAUGAUUGUAUGUAGUUUUAAUAAAAUCAUUUAGAGCAAGUGGGUGCCAACUGAUGUUGCAGAAUCUUUUGUCUAGGCACUCCUCCAAGAUGCCAACAAGUCAUUUUAAAAUGUAUGUCAGAGAUGUAAACAAACAUUUUGGAUUUUUUAAAACAGUAUUUAUUUGGAAUGUUUUCAUUUAUCUAAAUAACUAUUGCUAUUAUGAAUUAUGAAAAAAGAUUAAUAUCAUGUGUGGCAUAUAGUGACUUCUUAAGACACACAUCAUGCAAUCUGCAAACCCAGAAAAUGUGUAUAUCUGUCUUUAGAAAUUAGUGUUUAUAUCACUUACAGUGGUUUGUGAAUAAAGAAAACUGGUUUGUAAUAUCAAAAAAUAAAAGCUUAGUCUGAAAAGGUA